CAACUCUAGAUGAUUUUCUUCAUUCUUCUAAAUUAUCCUCUAAUCGACAUCAUCAGUUGAUACUUACAAUCGUCAUUAUGGCCACUAUUACUUCAUUAAUCCAACUUUUAAUAAGUUUGAUCUUUUUAACUUUGGUAAGUAGUCAUCCUGCACCAGAAUGUCCAUGCAAAUGUGGAUCAUCUUACGGAUCUCAUCCAUUGGUUAUAACUAAACACGAAUUAGUUCCAAAUCAGGGGGCUUUCGUAGCAGCUCCUAAACCUCAAAUACCCUAUAAAAUUUACUCACAACUUUCUCAACGGAAGAAUCUAGAACCACAAUCACGUUCUCAAGAAGUUAUUGUCAAACCCACUUUUACUCUAAGACGAAAUGAACCAGAAUUUGUUCCUGUAAGUCUUCAAUUACCAAUGCCAACUACAUUUGCCCAAAGCCGAACUUUAGAAACUUCAAUGCCUGAACCUCAGAUAGAAGUAAGUAGUUCUGCACCUUGUCAGUCAGAUGAGUUAACUGGAAGGAUGUUGGAAUUCUAUUUUGAACCUUCAAUGGCUCCUAAUCCAUCUGAAAUUAAAUUCGAAACUUAUAACACUGAAAUUCAAGAAGUAGUUCCAGAAUUAGUUGAACCAGCAACGAGAUCAUUGGAACAGACGUCACUUCCAGUUAUGGCUAUGGAAGCCCAACCAGAAGUAACUUAUAUGAUAAAUGAGCCAGUUUAUCAACCUGUUAAAUAUUUCACAAAAGUAUCUGCACCAAAAGUUGAAGAAGUUCCUGUUCUAAGAUCGAGCUAUGUUGAUGAUAUGUCUCCUCGUCACAUGAGUAUUCAAUUAGUACCAUCUUCAAGAUCAUCUUGUGAAUGUUUUCAACAAUGAAAAGAUCUAAGUUUCCAAUA